CCGCGCACGCGAAAAGCUUCCUGACUUCGCAUCUGAUCUCAAUUGAACUACCAGAUUCAUCGACUCACCUAACUCAUCAUGGCCCAAUUUCCGAGCGUUAAGCCUGCCUUUACCAUGAAGGUCGCGAUCGACGCGCCCCUGGCUGUCGGCAGCGCUUCCCGAUCAAACCCUCUACAGGUCGUGCCCAUGCUCGGCGGAACGCUCCAGAGCGCCGAGGGCUUCGACCCCGCCAUCGACGCCGAAUUCGUCGGUAUCGGAAACGACUACAUCCACGCUGAUGCGGAUGGGAAGCAUUUGCGGUUGAAUGCGCAUGGGGUUAUCAAGACCAAGGAUGAGGCCCUUAUCUACAUCAACUACACUGGAGUCAUCACCCUCACCGAGGCCGAGGCCGCCGUCUUCACUGGCAAGGCAGCGGAGGGGUCGACGCCUUUUGGGAAUUCUUUCAUCCACUUGACCUUUGAGACCGGCCACGAGCGCUACAAGGAACUCGAGAAACGUGUGUUCGUCGGACAGGGGCGCUUCAAUGUCGGGGCUGAUAAGAAGAUUGUUGUUGAGUAUCGGGUUGGGCAGGUUGUGCAUGGUUAA